CCACUAACGAAAUUUAAUAAAUUAUAAUUGAAAUCAAUAUUUUUUCCUUUUUUUUUCAUUUCAGGUGCCAUACGAGAUAUUACAUAAACAAUAUUUCAUACUGUUUGUUACAUCUGUAAUCGGUACAUUUGCUCGAAAUAUGAGUCAAAAAUUAAUAUAUCCCGCAACUGAACGAAACAAACAACCAAUAUUAGAUAUAUUAAAAUUAUAUUUACCAAGUGAUCGUGAAACAAAUUUACUAGAAAUAUCAUCUGGAAGUGGACAACAUGUAUCAUUUUUUGCUGAACAUUUUCCAAACAUAAUAUUUCAACCAUCCGAAUAUGAUUCAACAUUAUUUAAAAGUAUUGAAGCAUACAUAAAACCAUUUGCAAACAUAUUACAACCGAUUCACAUUGAUGUAACCACCGAUUAUAAAAAUUGGCAAUUACGAUCUGAACAGUAUGAAUUCAUUUUGAAUGUAAAUAUGAUUCAUAUCACACCAUACAAAUGUACUCAAGGAUUAUUUAAUAAUGCACAACAUGUAUUAAAACCAAAUGGUAUGUUAAUCACAUAUGGUCCAUACGCAAAUAAUGGUAUUAUUGAACCUGAAUCGAAUGUACGAUUUAAUCAAUCGUUACGACAUAGUGAUCCUGAAUGGGGUUUACGUGAUAUACAAGAUCUAAAAAUAUUGGCAAUGGAAUGUGGCUUAGAAUUAUUGCAAAUACAUAAUAUGCCAUCGAAUAAUAAAAUGUUAAUAUGGCGUAAAAUUAGUGAAUAA